AAUAAAUAUAAUUUUUAAUAGUUAUUGCUAAAAAAAUAAGCUUAAAUAUUUUGUUAUUGUCGUCAUAAAUGUUGACAUGCUUAUUGCUUACUUGCUCUUACGUCACAAGCCUACAAUUAUUAACACGAGCAAUGGGAAAUGGAUUUAAAAGUAAUAACAAAUUAUGGGAACCUUCGAGAUUAUUUGAUAAAUCAACAAAUGAAAAAUAUGCUGUAAUAAUAUUAAAUCAACCAAUUUUAUUUAGUCCCAAUGUAAUGCUACCAAUUUGGAAACGAGCUGAAAUGACAAUGACAGUUGAUGGAGGAACAGAUCGUUGGUUAAAUUAUAUAUCAUCAAUAAAUAAUGUCAAUGAUAUUACUCCAAAAACAAAUUUAAUACCACAAUUAAUUGUUGGUGACUUGGACAGUGUAUCACCAAAUGUACUUGAUAAAUAUGAAAAACUUGGUGUUAAAAUUAUCAAGACACCAAAUCAAAAUUUAACUGAUUAUUCAAAAGCUUUAAUGGAAAUAUCAGCUGAAUGUAAAAAACGAAAUACACUGAUUGAUGCUGUUUAUACAUUUGUUGAAACAAGUGGAAGAUUUGAUCACAUUAUGGGAAUAAUAAAUACACUUUACAAAAGUGAUAAGCUCAUAAAUGAAACAGAAACAAUUAUAAAUGUUGCUAGUAAUUCAUUGACCUGGCUAUUAAAACCUGGCACACAUACAAUAAAAAUUCCAGAGGUUUUGUAUAAUAGUAAUUCUUGGGUUGGCUUGAUACCAUUUGAAUCGAAAAGAAAUAUUGUAUCAACAGCUGGACUCAAAUGGAAUCUUGAUAAUUCAGAAUUAGAAUUUGGUGGUAUGGUUAGUACAUCAAAUUCUUAUGAUGGCUCACCAGAAGUUAUUGUAACAACAGACACUAAAAUAAUUUGGUCGAUGGGAAUUGAAGCUCUUGUUGAUUCUCUAGAAACUUCCUAGCAUUAUAUAUUUUUUUUUUUUAAUUUUUGAAUCUUCAUAAAUAAUAAUUUAAUUAUUUAGAUUUACCGGUGAUAAAACAAACUAAAAUUGUUUUAGAUUAUUUUAAUAAUUAAUGGGUUGUACAUAUAAUUAAUUAUUCCAUUUUAAAUAGAUGAUUUAUUUUUUAUUUUUAGAAAAAAAAAAGAUUACUCGAAUUAUAUGCUUAUAUUAUUGAUUGAUUGUGUUGUACUUAAUUUAUUAGAUUUUUUUUUAUAUUUUAUUUUUGUUGUCAAGGUUUAUAUUUAUAAAUUUUUCAUUGUUAUAUUGUCUUGUAAAAAAAAGGCUUCUUUGAUUAUUUACACAGCCAUCGAGCACUGUUUGUUUUCGUCUAUUUUAGUCAUGUUUUACGAAAAAUAAAAAAAAAAUUAUAUAUAAUAACUGUCUGAGAGAAUGUAGGCAAAACGAAUGACUAUUUUUUUUUUUUUUUUCUACAAGAAAAUAUCGACUUUUUAUAGUAUCAUGUUAUUUUUUUUUUUGGUAAGUUGCCUCAUCAUAUCAUUCCUACCAUUAUUGUAAAUUAAAAAGAUUAAAUCGCUAGUAUCAAAUAGAAAAAAAAAAAAAAAUAUUAAAUUUAUUCUACUUAAUUAAAUUCUUAGAAAAUUGAUUAAACGGUAAAAAUUUAAAAAUAAAAAACUAUUAAAUACAUUUGUCUAGAUUUGAAUUGACGAUAAAAAAUAUUUCUCACCCCAACGAAAAUAAUUUUUUUCAUCGAAAUAAAGGAUGUAGUAAUAACGAAACUAAAUAGAAAUAAUUAUGUCAACCAAAUAAAACCUCCCACUUGAUUUUAAAAAAAUUAAAAAAUAAUAAGUAUCAUUAACACCGAUAAAUAACUAAAUAUUUAAAAUUAAAAUAAAAAUAUUUAUUUAUA